AUGGAUAUCUCUAAGCCAGUUGGAUCUGAGAUUACUUCUGUAAACUUUAGUGUUCUUUCUGCUAAAGAGAUUAGAUCUCUUUCUGUUAAACAGAUCACUAAUCCAACAGUCUUAGACAACCUAGGUCAUCCAAUCUCUGGUGGGUUGUAUGAUCUUUCUUUGGGUGCCUUUUUGAGAAAUCUUUGUUCUACCUGUGGUUUAGAUGAAAAAUUUUGUCCAGGUCAUUUGGGUCACAUUGAAUUACCUGUACCAUGUUAUAAUCCAUUAUUUUUUAAUCAAUUAUACAUUUAUUUAAGAGCGUCAUGUCUUUACUGUCAUCAUUUCAGACUGAAUUCUUUAGCUGUUAAUGCUUAUGCUUUGAAGUUGAAGUUAUUACAAUACGGUCUUAUCGAUGAAGCCUACAAAUUAGAUGAUAUUAAAUUGAGUGCUGUGACUUUAAGUAACACACAAAGUAAACAAGAUGGAGAUGGGGUUGAAGAAGCAGAAAAUGAUGAUGAAUCAAACAAUAAAAAUAAUGAAGCUGAUAAUAAAAAGUUAAUGAUCAAACGUAAAGAAUAUGUAGAACUUUGUAUUGCUAAAGCCUUAUCUGAAGGUAGAACUACUGAAAGAGGUACCUUCACAGCUACUGUCAACGCUGAAAGAAAGCAAUUGAUCCAUGACUUCCAUAAAAGAUUAUUAUCCAGACCAAAGUGUGAUAAUUGUGGUAUGUAUUCACCAAAAUUUAGAAAGGAUGGAUUUACUAAAAUCUUUGAGACAGCUUUAAACGAAAAACAAUUGACUAAUAACAGGGUUAAGGGCUUUAUUCGUCAAGAUAUGAUCAAGAAACAACAACAAGCUAAGAAAUUGGAUGGUGAAAAAGUCGAUGAGUCUGCUGAUUUCAACAUUGGUAGAAAUCCUUCCACUAGACCAAAGACUGGUUCCACUUACAUUCUAUCAACAGAAGUUAGAAACAUUUUAAAUGCAGUCUUUAGAACUGAACAACAAGUAUUACAAUAUGUUUUUCAUGCUAGACCAAAUCUAUCUAGGAAAUAUGUUACAGCUAACAGUUUUUUCAUGGAUGUUCUUGUUGUUCCACCAACCAGAUUCCGUUUACCAUCUAAAUUAGGAGAUGAAGUCCACGAAAAUAGUCAAAAUCAAUUAUUAUCUAAAGUUUUAACUACUUCUUUAUUGAUUAGAGAUUUGAACGAAGAAAUGUCAAAAUUACAAAAGGAUAAGGUUUCCGUUGAAGACAGAAGAAUUAUCUUUGCAAGAUUGAUGAAUGCUUUUGUUACUAUACAAAAUGAUGUUAACGCAUUCAUUGAUUCUUCUAAAGCUCAAAGUAAUAAUGCCAAAGUCCCUAUUCCUGGUGUUAAGCAAGCUUUGGAAAAGAAGGAAGGUUUGUUUAGAAAACAUAUGAUGGGUAAACGUGUCAAUUAUGCUGCUCGUUCAGUUAUUUCACCAGAUCCUAAUAUUGAGACAAACGAAAUUGGUGUCCCACCUGUUUUUGCCACAAAAUUAACAUACCCAGAACCUGUUACUUCCUAUAACAUUGCUGAAUUGCGUCAAGCUGUCAUUAAUGGUCCAGAUAAGUGGCCAGGUGCUAUCCAAGUCCAAAAUGAAGAUGGUUCUUUAUUAUCUUUGGUUGGUAUGUCUUUGGAACAACGUAAAGCUGUUGCUAAUCAGUUAAUGACUCCAUCCUCUCAUGAUGGCGUCACUCAUACAUUAAACAAGAAAGUUUACCGUCAUAUCAAGAAUAGAGAUAUUGUGAUCAUGAACCGUCAACCAACUUUACACAAAGCAUCGAUGAUGGGUCAUAAAGUUAGAGUCCUACCUGGUGAAAAGACCUUGCGUUUACAUUAUGCAAAUACUGGUGCUUAUAAUGCAGAUUUUGACGGUGACGAAAUGAAUAUGCAUUUCCCACAAAAUGAAAAUGCAAGAGCUGAAGCUUUCAACUUGGCAAACACCGAUUCUCAAUAUUUGACUCCAACUUCUGGUUCUCCUGUUAGAGGUUUGAUUCAAGAUCAUAUUUCUGCUGGUGUUUGGUUAACUAAUAAGGAUUCUUUCUUUACUAGGGAGCAAUAUCAACAAUAUAUUUACAGUUGUAUUAGACCUGAAGAUGGUCAUUCCACUAGACCAAAGUUACUCACAGUGCCACCUGCUAUCAUGAAACCUGUGCCAUUAUGGACCGGUAAGCAAAUUAUUACUACUGUUUUAUUGAAUAUUACUCCUGCUGAUAUGCCAGGUAUUAAUUUAACUUCCACUAAUAAGAUUAAAAAUGAGUACUGGGGUAAGAAGUCUAAUGAAAACCAAGUUAUUUUUAAGAAUGGUGAAUUGCUAUGUGGUAUCCUAGAUAAAAACCAAUAUGGUGCCUCUAAAUACGGUAUUGUUCAUUCAAUGCAUGAGAUUUAUGGCCCUGAGGUUGCUGCUAAGACCUUGUCAGUUUUAGGUAGACUUUUUACUAACUACAUUAUGAAUACAGCAUUUACUUGUGGUAUGGAUGAUUUACGUUUAACAGCUGAAGGUAAUAGAUGGAGAUCUGAUAUUUUGAAAUCGUCAGUUGAUACUGGUCGUGAAGCAGCUGCAGAAGUUACUAACUUAGAUAAAGAUACCCCAGCUGAUGAUGCUGAAUUAUUGAAGCGUUUAGAAGAAAUUUUACGUGACAACAAUAAAUCAGGUAUUCUUGAUGCAAUUACUUCUUCUAAGGUCAACGCUAUCACAUCUAAGGUCGUUUCCACUUGUGUUCCUGCUGGUACUAUGAAGAAGUUUCCAUACAAUUCUAUGCAAGCUAUGGCUUUAUCUGGUGCUAAAGGUUCCAAUGUUAACGUUUCUCAAAUCAUGUGUUUGUUAGGUCAACAAGCUUUAGAAGGUAGAAGAGUUCCUGUUAUGGUAAGUGGUAAAACUUUACCAUCUUUCAAACCAUAUGAAACUGAUGCUAUGGCAGGUGGUUACAUCAAAGGUCGUUUCUAUUCUGGUAUUAAACCACAAGAGUAUUACUUCCACUGUAUGGCUGGUCGUGAAGGUUUAAUUGACACUGCUGUGAAGACAUCUCGAUCAGGUUAUUUACAACGUUGUUUGACCAAGCAGUUGGAAGGUGUCCAUAUCUCAUACGAUAAUACUGUAAGAGACGCAGAUGGUACUUUAAUUCAAUUCUUGUAUGGUGGUGAUGCUAUUGAUGUCACAAAAGAAUCCCACAUGACUAAGUUUGACUUCUGUUUGGAAAAUUACGAGGCUUUAUUAAAGAAAUAUAACCCAUCUGCCUUAAUUGAGCAUUUGGAUGUUGAGACUGCAUUGAAGUACUCUAAGAAGAGUUUGAAAUAUAGAAGAAAGCAUAGUAAGGAACCACAUUACCAACAAGUUCUUAAAUAUGAUCCAGUGUUAUCCAAAUAUAAUCCAGCAAAAUAUUUGGGUUCGGUGUCCGAGAAAUUCCAAGACAAAUUAGAAAGUUUCUUGGAUAACAAUUCUAAAUUAUUUAAGUCCUAUGAUAAUAUCAAUGAAAAAAAAUUCAGAGCAUUGAUGCAAUUGAAAUAUAUGCGUUCAUUAAUUAACCCAGGUGAGGCUGUAGGUAUUAUUGCUUCUCAAUCUGUUGGUGAACCAUCGACACAAAUGACAUUGAACACUUUCCAUUUUGCUGGUCACGGUGCAGCUAAUGUUACUUUGGGUAUUCCACGUAUGAGAGAAAUCAUUAUGACCGCAUCCGCUGCUAUUAAGACACCUCAAAUGACGUUACCAAUUUUAGAUGAUGUUAGUGAUGAACAAGCUGAAUUGUUUAGUAAAUCUAUCUCUAAAGUUUUGCUAUCUGAAAUGAUAGAUAAGGUUACUGUCACUGAAACAUCUGUUUCUUCUACGUCACAAGCUGCAGCUCGUGCUUACGCCAUUAAUAUGAAAUUCUUUGAUGCUGAAGAAUACCUUGAGGAAUAUGACGUUUCAAAGGAAGAAUUACAAGAGGCCAUCUCUAAGAGUUUCUUGACCUUAUUGGAAGCUGCUAUUUUGAAGGAAAUUAGAAAGCAAAAGAAAUUAGGUGGACCUGAUAUUGCUACUGCUGUUCCAUCGUUAGACAAGGUUUCAGAAGUGUCAAGUAAAAAGCUGGAUGAAGAUGGUGAUGAAGAAGAAUAUCAUAAGAAGACAAAGGAGGCUGUUUCAUAUGAAGAACCAGAUGAAGAUGAAAUUGAAACCAUGAGACAGGCUGAGAAAUCCUCUGACGAAGAAGAUUUCGAUUCUGAUAAGGAUUCUUCUGAUGAUGAAAGCAAGAAUGAAGUGGAUGAAGAUGGUGAUAUUGAUAUGGAAGAAGAUUUGAAGAGACAUAUUGAAGAAGCUAACAAGCACAUGACUAAGUUACAACGUGACCGUCAAUCUGCUAUCAUUGCAAGCCACAGAUUUGUUACUAGAUAUAAUUUUGAUGAUGCUGAAGGUAAAUGGUGUGAAUUUAGAAUUGAACUAUCUGCAGACACUGAAAAGUUAUUAAUGGUUAAUAUUGUAGAAGAUAUCUGUAAGAAAUCCAUUAUUAGACAAGUCUCACACAUUGACCGUUGUGUCCAUCCGCAAGCUGAAAAUGGCAGACGUGUUUUAGUAACUGAGGGUGUUAAUUUUCAAGCCAUGUGGGACCAAGAAGACUUCAUUAAUGUUGACAAGAUUACUUCCAACGAUGUUGCUUCAGUAUUGAGAGUUUAUGGUGUAGAGGCAGCCAGAAAUACCAUUGUUAAUGAAAUUAACAACGUUUUCUCUCGUUAUGCUAUUUCUGUUUCCUUCCGUCAUUUAGAUUUGAUUGCUGAUAUGAUGACAAGACAAGGUACAUAUCUUGCCUUUAACAGACAAGGUAUGGAAACCUCUACUUCUUCUUUAAUGAAGAUGUCCUAUGAAACUACAUGUCAAUUCUUGACGAAGGCAGUAUUAGACAAUGAAUGUGAAGAAUUGAAAUCACCAUCUGCAAGAAUUGUUCUUGGUAAGUUGAACAAUGUGGGUACUGGUGCAUUUGAUAUCUUAGCUCAAGUACCAGCUUAA